AUUGAGAGCAGCAAAAUGGACAGCAGGUUCGGAGUUGCAGUAUUCCUCGUGCUUUGCUGCGUGUGGCAAGCCCACGCCGCGGUCAACUGCACGGCGGCCGGUCGGUUCGCGGACCCCGACGACACCACCUGCCAGAACUACACCCUCUGCGUCUACGACAGUUCCACCGGCACCUACCUCUCCUACAACUACGUCUGCCCUACCACAUCCGUCUUCAACCCCAACACGGCUCAGUGCACAGCGUCAUCCAACUAUGUCUGCAACGUAACAACAACCAACACGACCACAUCAGUGUGCACAGAAGAUGGCUACAUAGCCGAUCCUGAUUCGACAAACUGCACUACUUACAUUCAAUGCGUCGAGAUCAACGGUACCUUCGUUGAAACAACGUACACCUGUCCAGACGACACAUAUUACAACCCUAACACUACAUUGUGCGAAUCCGACUACAAUUGUACCACCACUUCCACGUUCACCUGCACGGCAGCAGGAAGGUUCGCGAACACUACGGACACUACGUGCCAAACUUAUAUCUAUUGCGUAUUGGCGUCCGAUGGUACUUACCUCGAAUAUGACUAUACUUGCCCUUCCACGUCCGUAUUUGAUCCCGAUACUGCAGUAUGUACCACAAGCUACACUUGCACAACUUCUUAACAAAUUCUGUUAUGU